AUGAGUGUUGAUAAUCUAAGAGCAAUGAAAUCGAUUGGAAGGGAUCUCACAGGGGAGAGUCCAUUUUCUUAUAAGGCUUCAAAUAUUCCUGAAAGAGUUUGCUUGGCAAUUCCAACCCCAAAGAAUCUUCUCGAUACAUCUGCUUAUGCUGAUGCAUUCAAAGCUGGAAAACAGUUUAAACGUGCUGAUUUUUCAUUUUAUUUCUUGCCUAGCCCAGCAUAUCCAGAUUUCUGUCAAUGGAUGGAAUUGUUCCUAGAAAAUGUUAAGGACCAUUUAGCAAUUGUUUUAUCUGGAUAUUCUAUGGAGCCAAUUGAUGGCUUGGAGACUGAAGCCCACCCAUUUAUGAUCAAAGGUCGUGAAGUUUUACCUUCAAGAUUCUUUUCUCUAAUUAAAAAGCACAAAAAUCCAGCAUCUCGACUUACAAUAUUGAUAAAUGGCUGCCCAUCUUAUGAAACAUGGUCGAAUGGUGAUAAAAAAGAUCAAACAAAAACUUUUUCGAUUCAAUCCGUUUCAAAUACAAUGCGUGGUGUGUUGAAUUUCUCUGGAGAAACUCCAGAAAGAGUUUUACUGAUGACUACUUGCCCUAGAUUGGACGCUACCAAAAUAAACGACAAAGGAAAAUUGAAUAUUAGUACAUUCAUCCGCAAUUUAUCAAAGAUGUUAAAGAAGGAUCCGGUUUUAUCUGCUGAAGACAUAUAUAAACCUCUUCAAAAGGAAUGCCGCGAUAACGGUACAGAAUUAAUCAUUUAUUCUUCUUCUGUUGAUGUUUCUUCAGCUCCUGUCUUAUUGUAA